UGCCCCAUCGUUGACGUCAGUGGGGGGUGGAAUAGUGCCCCAUCGUUGGUGUCAGUGAGGGGGAAGAAUAGUGCCCUAUCGUUGGUGUCAGUGGGGGGAGGAAUAGUGUCCCAUCGUUGGUGUCAGUGGGGAAGGAAUAGUGUUCCAUCGUUGGUGUCACUGGGGGGUGGAAUAGUGUUGCAUCGUUGGGAGGAAUAG